GAGCCCGGAAAAAAAAAACAGCGACUUUUCCACGGCUCUUUCUCUCCGUCCCUCUCCCCGGUCCUACUGCCGCCGCAAUUUGUUGCGGCUCAUCGUCGGCGACCUCACCACGCCGGCCGGGGGAGGCCUCCUACAGGGAAGCUGUCUCUCGUCGAGAAGACUCCUCAGUCUCCUCCUCUUCCCAUCCUUCUACCACCACUGGACUAGACUGGCGUGGGGUGGAGGACCAUCCGGAUCCGGACCUGCAUCGAUUUCCGCUUCCGUUGAAUCCAAUUUAGUUCCUAGUCUGUUGCUCUUCUCCUCCAGCGCGAGAGGCCAGUCCAUCCAGCCAGGGUGCGGGUGCGGUUGCCAGUGGCGGAUCCAGUGGCCCAAAAUACAUCUGCUCCCCUUGACCUGACCAAGAGGCGCAUCGCGAUAGGAUUACACUGUUGGAGCUCGCGACCUGCCCACCGCGCCGCCUCUUCCCAGGAGCUGAGGCGCCGCCGCCCCGCGCCCGCCCUCCGGCCUCCGCACCUCCGCGGCCCCUUCCUGCUAUCCUGCUGCACCUCCUCCGCCCGCGCCGGUCGCUGCUGCCCUGCUCCCUGCUCUCCCUCGCAGCCUGGCCUCGGAGUGCCAGACAGCCGCCGGACGGCCGGAGCUAGGGUUUCGGCCGAAAAUCGCUGCGGCCAGGGCGCCGGUCGGUUCGCCGUCUUCGUCUCUCUCAUCUCAUUCAGUGGUGAGCUCUAAUUUCACCUCUCUUUUCAAUUUUUGCAUUGUUGCCUGAUAUGUAAAUUGGAUGUUAUCUGCUACUGCUGGUGUUGGGACUUGAGAGAGCAUGAAGAACGGACUACCCCAGAUUUGAAUGCUGGUUCUGCCACUGGCGGCGGUUGCAGCUUAGUUUCCAAAUUUGUUGGGGGUUCAGUCCAACUGAACCCCCAUGUCCCACGUUGAGUCCACGUCCAUGUUAGAGGAGUUGGCGAGGGAGGCGACAAUUGAUGAUGUGGCGGUUCUCGUGGAUGGGAAUGACACAGAGCUACAUGGCAAUGGCGAAGUGCUGAAAAGUGUUGAUGUUCCCCAGGAUUUGGGGGGGAUUUCGGCCAAGGAGGUGCCGCUGCACGAGGGCAAGGAGGUGAUACUUGUGGAUGAUAAUGAUAGUGGGCAGGAAGAUGGUGGGAAGGCUAAGGUGGAUGAGAACACGCCACAUUUCGGGCUGAGAUUCAAAACUUAUGAUGAUGCGCUCAAGUACUAUAAACAAUAUGCUGAGGAUUCUGGGUUUGCGGCGAUCAUUCUGAAGUCAUCCUAUCUAAAGUCUGGGGUGUGCCGGAGGUUGGUGCUUGGAUGUAGUCGAGCUGGGAGAGGGAGAGCAAAUGCGUGCUAUCUGUCUAGAGAGUCAACCAAGAUCAAUUGCCCAGCAAGGAUCUCGUUAAAGUUAAGGCAAGAUAGGUGGCUUCAUAUUGAUGAUGCUAGGCUAGAGCACAAUCAUCCACUUAACCAGUCCUCCGCGUCACUCACUAAUUGUUACAGAAAGCUAACAGAUGCCAAGAAUGGGGAACCUGCUUCACGGUUGAAGAGUCGCAGGAAUGUUCCAUCUGAAAAAGAGCAAGGGAACUUUACUGAGAUAGGAAGACUUAAAUUCGGGGAAGGAGAUGAUGAGUAUAUCCAGAAGUUUUUUGGGAACAUGCAGAACAAGAAUCCUUACUUCUUCUACUUAGUAGAUUUGGAUAAUCUAGGGCGUUUGAGGAACUUGUUCUGGAGUGAUGCUAGGUCAAGGGCAGCAAAUGAUUACUUUGGUCAUGAUGUUGUUUACUUUGACACCUCAUACUUAACAGAAAAAUAUGAUUUGCCACUUGUUUUCUUCACUGGGAUGAAUAAUCAUGGGCAGCCUGUUCUGUUUGGUACUGGUUUACUUUCAGAUCUAAGUGCUGACAGCUAUGCUUGGUUAUUUAGGGCAUUUUUAGCAUGCAUGAAGGGUCGCUGCCCGAAGGCAAUCAUCACUGAGCAUUACAAUGCUAUUCUAGAUGCUGUUCGAGAAGUUCUCCCUGAAGUUAGACAUCGCCUUUGCCUGUAUCGUAUUAUGAAAGAUGUAUCAGACAAUUUGAAAGAACAUGCAGAGUUUAAAACAAUCAAGAAUGCUCUGAAGAAAGUAACAUAUGGAUCUUUGAAGAUCCCAGAGUUUGAAGCGGACUGGAAGAAGAUUAUCGAGGAGCAUGGACUUGGAGAAAAUGAGUGCCUUAGUUCCUUGUAUGAGCACCGCCAACUCUGGGCACCUGCAUAUCUCAGAGACAAAUUCUGGGCAGGGAUGUCUAUUUCACAGUGUGGGGAGUCUAUUUCCUCGUACUAUGAUGGUUUUGUGUACCCAAAAACUUCUUUGAAGCAAUUUUUCAGUAAAUAUGAGAUGAUAUUAGAGAACAAAUACAAGAAGGAGUGGCAAGCAGAUGAAGAAUCCUCCCAUAGGACUCCAUUAACAGUAACAAAGUUCUACAUGGAAGAGCAGCUGGCCAAAGCCUACACAAUAAACAUGUUCAGAAAAUUUCAGGAUGAGUUGAAAGCAACAAUGUAUUGCGAUGGUAUGCCAAUUAAAGUUGAUGGUCGACUUGUCACUUUCGAAGUAAAAGAAUGCUCGUACAUGGAAGAUGGAAAGGACACAGAGAGCAGGACCUAUGAAGUGUACUUUUGUAAAGAAGAGAAGGUUGAAAUUGAGUGUGAAUGUGGUUUUGUUCAGUUCACCGGCAUCCUAUGUAGGCAUGCAUUAUCUGUGUUGAAGUUGCAGGAGAUAUUUGAAAUCCCAUCAGAUUAUGUUGUGGAUCGCUGGAGAAGGGACUAUAAGAAAUUGUAUUCUAAAGCAAACAAACCCAAUGAAAUGCCCCUAAGUGGCAAUGUUGAGCGCUCUGAUUAUUUGUUCAGUCAAUGCAGUCAGUUGCUCAAUCUAGGGUUUGUAUCUGAGAGUAGAUACCUUGUUACUCUGAAGUUACUGAGAGAAGCGGAAAGAUCUCUCCUGGAUGAUGGACUAGCUGCCAGAGACAGGCAGUCAACAUUUCUUUCAUUUGAGGCUGAUGCACCAGAAAAUGGUCAAGGCCUUUUCAAUCCCCAGUUUUCAGAGAGCGUAAAGCAUUCUCAAUCAGCUCAUGCAAAACGUCGUGGUCGGCCCCCGAAGAAAGUGACAGAAUCUAAUGCUGAAACUGUAACACAACCAAAUAAAGAACAGGAUUUUCUGCGGUCGUCAUUUGUCACAGAUGAUACGAAUAUGAUCCAAGGUCCCUCAGCCUCGCAUCUUGAAGGUCCUCACAUGGCAACGCAAGGAGGAAUUGAUUUAAUGGAAGGAAUACCAAAUCUCUCAUUUAGUAAUCAUUUUGGAAUGGAUAUCAAUCACCAACAUCAAGUACCCAGCCACCAAAGGAUGCAGCAGAGCAAUUUCAUGCAGGUGCAGGCAGAACCCCAUGAGUUCGCUAAUCAGUGGGUUUACCACCCAAUGAUGCAGGACAAUCCAGUGCUAAGAACUCCUACGAGAAGAACAGGGUAGUGCGUGUUGUUUGCUUUAAUAUUUCAGUAGAAUUUUAGGUACAAUGACUUUUCUGGCUCCUGUAGCGACUGCCUGAAGUCCUGAACUAACCUGAGGAUACGGAGGCUGUGGCACUCUUGACGGCGAGAACUUGGCAUAGGGUCCAAUGGAUACUAACAUUUUUGUUCUCUGGCACUGUUAGCUGAUGUGGUCAGGUUGGAAUUUUCAAGCUGUACAUAACUAUUAGCCCCAUGUGUAAAUCAUCCAGCGCCAUAGAGUAGGUUAUUAGAGGAUUUUACGUGCCCUGCAAAGUUUAGUGGUCAGAAUGUUUCUGGAUACGUCACUGCAACAUGCAAUUAGGGAAACUAGGAUUUUGCAUUGCUCUCUGGCAGGCUAGCAGCUUCCUGUCGCAAAAUUGUCAGUUUUUGAAGCUUGUCAGCUUGUCACGGCACAGGGUGUGUCUGGACAGAUAUGCUACGGACUCUCUUUUAUGAUUGCCUAAUGCGCGCCAGUUUUGAUAAUGUGGCAGUGGA